GGAACAUCAGGGUGUCCAUUGGCAGCAACUUUAUCAGAAAAAUACAAGGUGCUUCUUCUAGAAAGAGGCACUAUUGCUACAGAAUACCCGAAGACGUUGACUGCAGAUGGGUUUGCAUAUAAUCUGCAGCAACAAGAUGAUGGAAAGACGCCAGUCGAAAGGUUCGUGUCCGAAGAUGGCAUUGAUAAUGUGCGAGGCAGGAUCCUCGGUGGCACGACCAUAAUCAAUGCCGGCGUCUACGCCAGAGCUAACAUUUCAUUCUAUAGUCAAACAGGAAUUGAAUGGGACCUGGAUUUGGUCAAUAAGACAUAUGAGUGGGUUGAAGACGCCAUUGUGGUCAAGCCAAAUAAUCAAUCUUGGCAAUCUGUUAUAGGAGAGGGAUUCUUGGAGGCUGGUAUUCUUCCAGACAAUGGAUUUAGUUUGGAUCACGAAGCAGGAACUAGACUCACCGGCUCAACUUUUGACAAUAAUGGAACCCGACAUGCAGCUGAUGAACUGCUUAAUAAAGGAGACCCUAACAACUUGCUAGUUGCAGUUCAGGCCUCAGUAGAGAAGAUCCUCUUCUCUUCCAAUACAUCAAAUUUGUCAGCCAUUGGAGUCAUAUAUACGGAUUCUGAUGGAAACUCUCAUCAGGCAUUUGUACGCGGUAACGGAGAAGUUAUUGUUAGUGCAGGGACAAUCGGAACGCCUCAGGUUCUACUACUUAGUGGCGUUGGACCAGAGUCUUACCUAUCCUCUCUCAACAUCACGGUUGUUCAGCCGAAUCCUUACGUUGGGCAGUUUGUGUAUGACAAUCCUCGUAAUUUCUUUAAUAUUUUGCCCCCAAAUCCAAUUGAAGCCUCUGUUGUAACUGUUUUAGGCAUUAGAAGUGAUUAUUAUCAAGUUUCUCUGUCAAGCUUGCCAUUUUCCACUCCACCCUUUAGUCUUUUUCCUACAUCUUACCCCCUCCCAAAUUCGACUUUCGCUCAUAUUGUUAGCCAAGUUCCAGGACCUUUGUCUUAU